AUGAGAAAUGCAGUCUUUAGUCUUGCAGCCAUCAGCAUCACGGCUCUGUUGACCCUCUGGCUCAUCUUCGAUCCCCUCCACGCUGACUGGACCGUCCCAGCCUUUCAUUUCUCCGUAACCCACACGGUCCUCUUCCAUUUCAAGAAGGAUGCAGAUCCACAGGCCAUCCGAAAUCCCUACGUCAAGUCACUCACGGGCGGCAAGGACAACUCUCCCGAGGGACUCCAGCACGGUGCAACCCAUGGUUUUGUGGUCGAGUUUGCCAGCACCCAAGACCGCGACUACUAUGUCAGCCAGGACCCUGCCCACCAGAAGCUCAAGAAGAGCAUCGACUCGCUGGUCGAGAGUGUCGUGGUGGUGGACUGGGAGAACGGCCAAUUCUGA